GCCCCGUCUGCUCGCGCGUGCGGGCGUUUGCCGAGCGGCGGGAGGCGGCCGAGCUGUCCGCGGCCCGGAGCGCAGUCUCCGGCGGGGCGGGGAGGAUGCAGAGCCGGCGCUGGAGAGCAGAGGAGGGCGCGCCAGGGUUUCGAAAAAAUGAUGAAAUGAAAGCUAUGGAUGUGUUGCCAAUUCUGAAGGAAAAAGUUGCAUACCUUUCAGGUGGUAGAGAUAAACGUGGAGGUCCCAUCUUAACAUUCCCGGCACGCAGCAAUCAUGACAGAAUACGACAGGAGGAUCUCAGGAGACUCAUUUCAUAUCUAGCCUGUAUUCCUAGUGAGGAGGUAUGCAAGCGAGGCUUCACAGUGAUCGUGGACAUGCGUGGGUCCAAGUGGGACUCAAUCAAGCCCCUGCUGAAGAUUCUGCAGGAGUCCUUCCCCUGCUGCAUCCACGUCGCCCUCAUCAUCAAGCCAGACAACUUCUGGCAGAAACAGAGGACAAAUUUUGGCAGUUCUAAAUUUGAAUUUGAGACAAGCAUGGUCUCUUUAGAAGGCCUCACCAAAGUAGUUGACCCUUCUCAGCUCACUCCCGAGUUUGAUGGCUGCCUGGAAUACAACCAUGAGGAAUGGAUUGAAAUCAGAGUUGCUUUUGAAGACUAUAUUAGCAAUGCAACCCACAUGCUCUCCCGACUAGAGGAACUUCAGGACAUGCUAGCCAAGAAGGAGUUGCCUCAGGAUUUAGAGGGGGCACGUAAUAUGAUUGAAGAACAUUCCCAGUUGAAAAAGAAGGUGAUUAAGGCCCCCAUUGAGGACUUGGAUUUGGAGGGGCAGAAGCUGCUUCAGAGGAUUCAGAGCAGUGAUAGCUUUCCCAAAAAGAACUCGGGGUCAGGCAACGCAGACCUGCAGAACCUCUUGCCCAAGGUGUCCACCAUGCUGGACCGGCUGCAUUCGACCCGGCAGCAUCUGCAUCAGAUGUGGCACGUGAGGAAACUGAAGCUGGACCAGUGCUUUCAGCUAAGGCUGUUUGAACAGGAUGCUGAGAAGAUGUUUGACUGGAUCACACACAACAAAGGCCUGUUUUUAAACAGCUACACGGAGAUCGGGACCAGCCAUCCUCAUGCUAUGGAGCUUCAGACACAGCACAAUCACUUUGCCAUGAAUUGUAUGAACGUGUAUGUAAAUAUAAACCGCAUCAUGUCGGUGGCAAACCGCCUUGUGGAGUCCGGCCACUAUGCCUCUCAGCAGAUUAAGCAGAUUGCCAAUCAGCUUGAGCAGGAGUGGAAGGCGUUUGCGGCUGCACUGGAUGAGCGGAGCACCUUGCUGGACAUGUCCUCCAUUUUCCACCAGAAGGCUGAAAAGUAUAUGAGCAACGUGGACUCGUGGUGCAAAGCCUGCGGUGAGGUCGACCUGCCCUCAGAGCUGCAGGACCUAGAAGAUGCCAUUCAUCACCACCAGGGCAUAUACGAGCACAUCACUCUCGCCUACUCAGAGGUGAGUCAAGAUGGGAAGUCACUCCUUGACAAGCUCCAGCGGCCCUUGACUCCUGGCAGCUCUGAUUCCCUAACUGCCUCUGCCAACUACUCCAAGGCUGUGCACCACGUUUUGGAUGUCAUCCACGAGGUGCUGCAUCACCAGCGGCAGCUCGAGAACAUCUGGCAGCACCGCAAGGUCCGGCUCCACCAGAGGCUGCAGCUCUGCGUUUUCCAGCAGGAUGUCCAGCAGGUGCUGGACUGGAUCGAGAACCAUGGAGAGGCGUUCCUGAGCAAACAUACAGGUGUAGGGAAAUCUCUUCAUCGGGCCAGAGCUUUGCAGAAGCGUCAUGAAGAUUUUGAAGAAGUAGCACAGAACACAUACACCAAUGCAGACAAAUUACUAGAAGCAGCAGAACAGCUGGCUCAGACCGGGGAAUGUGAUCCAGAAGAGAUCUACCAAGCUGCUCACCAGCUUGAAGACCGGAUACAAGAUUUUGUUCGACGAGUUGAGCAACGCAAGAUCCUACUGGACAUGUCGGUGUCCUUUCACACCCAUGUGAAAGAGCUGUGGACAUGGCUGGAGGAGCUGCAGAAGGAGCUGCUGGACGACGUGUACGCCGAGUCAGUGGAGGCCGUGCAGGACCUCAUCAAGCGCUUCGGGCAGCAGCAGCAGACCACCCUGCAGGUGACGGUCAACGUGAUCAAGGAAGGCGAGGACCUCAUCCAGCAGCUGAGGGACUCCGCCAUCUCCAGUAACAAGACCCCCCACAACAGCUCCAUCAGCCACAUCGAGACGGUGUUGCAGCAGCUGGACGAGGCGCAGGCGCAGAUGGAGGAGCUCUUCCAGGAGCGCAAGGUCAAGCUUGAGCUCUUCCUGCAGCUGCGCGUGUUCGAGAGGGACGCCAUUGACAUCAUCUCAGACCUGGAGUCUUGGAACGAUGAGCUUUCUCAGCAAAUGAAUGACUUCGACACAGAAGACCUCACCAUUGCAGAACAACGGCUCCAGCACCACGCAGACAAAGCCUUGACAAUGAACAACCUGACUUUUGAUGUCAUCCACCAAGGGCAAGAUCUUUUGCAAUACGUCAACGAAGUCCAGGCCUCUGGUGUGGAACUGCUGUGUGAUAGAGAUGUGGAUAUGGCAACUCGGGUCCAGGACCUGCUGGAGUUUCUUCAUGAGAAGCAGCAGGAGUUGGACUUGGCUGCAGAACAGCAUCGUAAGCACCUGGAGCAGUGUGUGCAGCUGCGCCACCUGCAGGCAGAAGUGAAGCAGGUGCUGGGUUGGAUCCGCAAUGGAGAGUCCAUGCUCAAUGCCGGGCUCAUCACCGCCAGCUCACUACAGGAAGCCGAGCAGCUCCAGCGUGAGCAUGAGCAGUUCCAGCACGCCAUUGAGAAAACGCACCAGAGUGCGCUGCAGGUGCAGCAGAAGGCAGAGGCCAUGCUGCAGGCCAACCACUACGACAUGGACCUGAUCCGCGACUGUGCCGAGAAGGUGGCUUCGCACUGGCAGCAGCUCAUGCUCAAGAUGGAAGACCGCCUCAAGCUCGUCAAUGCAUCCGUGGCCUUCUAUAAGACCUCAGAGCAGGUCUGCAGUGUCCUUGAGAGCUUGGAACAGGAAUACAAGAGAGAGGAAGACUGGUGUGGUGGAGCCGACAAGCUGGGCCCCAACUCUGAGACGGAUCAUGUCACUCCCAUGAUCAGCAAGCACCUUGAGCAGAAGGAAGCAUUCCUGAAGGCUUGCACACUUGCUAGGAGGAAUGCAGAUGUCUUCCUGAAGUACCUGCACAGGAACAGCGUGAACAUGCCAGGAAUGGUGACGCAUAUCAAAGCUCCUGAGCAGCAAGUGAAAAAUAUCUUGAAUGAACUCUUCCAGCGGGAGAACAGGGUGUUGCAUUACUGGACCAUGAGGAAGAGACGUCUGGAUCAAUGCCAGCAGUACGUGGUCUUCGAGAGGAGUGCCAAGCAGGCUUUGGAGUGGAUCCAUGACAACGGGGAGUUCUACCUUUCCACACACACUUCCACGGGUUCCAGUAUCCAGCACACCCAGGAGUUGCUGAAGGAACAUGAGGAGUUUCAGAUAACAGCAAAGCAAACCAAAGAGAGAGUGAAGCUAUUGAUACAGCUGGCUGAUGGCUUUUGUGAAAAGGGGCAUGCCCAUGCAGCAGAGAUAAAAAAAUGUGUCACUGCUGUGGAUAAGAGGUACAGAGAUUUCUCUCUGCGCAUGGAGAAGUACAGGACCUCUUUGGAAAAAGCCCUGGGGAUUUCUUCAGAUUCCAACAAAUCGAGUAAAAGCCUUCAGCUCGAUAUCAUUCCAGCCAGCAUCCCUGGGUCAGAGGUGAAACUUCGAGAUGCCGCUCAUGAGCUGAAUGAAGAAAAACGAAAAUCUGCCCGCAGGAAAGAGUUCAUAAUGGCUGAGCUAAUUCAAACUGAGAAGGCUUAUGUAAGAGACCUGCGGGAGUGUAUGGAUACCUACCUGUGGGAGAUGACCAGCGGCGUGGAGGAGAUCCCACCUGGCAUUGUCAACAAGGAGCUCAUUAUCUUCGGAAACAUGCAGGAGAUCUAUGAGUUCCAUCAUAACAUUUUCCUGAAGGAGCUGGAAAAAUACGAACAGUUGCCAGAGGAUGUUGGACACUGCUUUGUCACUUGGGCAGACAAGUUUCAGAUGUAUGUCACCUAUUGCAAAAAUAAGCCUGAUUCUACUCAGCUGAUACUGGAGCAUGCGGGGUCCUACUUUGACGAGAUCCAGCAGCGGCAUGGAUUAGCCAAUUCCAUCUCUUCCUACCUUAUCAAACCAGUUCAGCGAAUAACAAAGUAUCAGCUCCUUUUAAAAGAGCUGCUGACGUGCUGUGAGGAAGGGAAAGGGGAGAUCAAAGAUGGCCUUGAGGUGAUGCUCAGUGUACCCAAGCGAGCCAACGAUGCCAUGCACCUCAGCAUGCUGGAAGGAUUUGAUGAAAACAUUGAGUCUCAGGGAGAACUCAUCCUGCAGGAAUCCUUCCAAGUGUGGGACCCAAAAACCUUAAUUCGAAAGGGUCGAGAACGACAUCUCUUCCUUUUUGAAAUGUCCUUAGUAUUUAGUAAAGAAGUGAAAGAUUCCAGUGGGAGAAGCAAGUAUCUUUACAAAAGCAAAUUGUUUACAUCAGAGUUGGGUGUCACAGAACAUGUUGAAGGAGAUCCUUGCAAAUUUGCACUGUGGGUGGGGAGGACGCCAACUUCGGAUAAUAAAAUUGUCCUUAAGGCUUCCAGCAUAGAGAACAAGCAAGACUGGAUAAAACACAUCCGUGAAGUGAUCCAGGAGCGGACAAUCCACCUGAAGGGAGCCCUGAAGGAACCCAUCCACAUCCCCAAAACAGCUCCCACUACAAGGCAGAAGGGAAGGAGGGAUGGAGAGGACCUGGACAGCCAAGGGGAUGGCAGCAGCCAGCCUGAUACGAUUUCAAUUGCUUCCCGCACCUCUCAGAACACCCUGGACAGUGAUAAGCUCUCUGGUGGCUGUGAGCUGACAGUGGUGAUCCACGACUUCACAGCUUGCAACAGCAACGAGCUGACUAUCCGGCGUGGCCAGACUGUGGAGGUCCUGGAGCGGCCGCAUGACAAGCCUGACUGGUGCCUGGUGCGAACCACCGACCGGUCCCCUGCAGCAGAAGGCCUGGUCCCCUGUGGCUCUCUGUGCAUCGCCCACUCCAGAAGCAGCAUGGAGAUGGAGGGCAUCUUCAACCACAAAGACUCGUUGUCCGUGUCCAGUAACGAUGCCAGUCCUCCUGCUUCCGUCGCAUCCCUGCAGCCCCACAUGAUCGGGGUCCAGAGUUCACCAGGCCCCAAGCGGCCAGGAAACACCCUGCGCAAGUGGCUCACCAGCCCUGUGCGGCGGCUCAGCAGCGGCAAGGCCGAUGGGCACGUAAAGAAGCUGGCUCACAAGCACAAGAAGAGCAGGGAGGUCCGCAAGAGCGCCGACGCUGGCUCACAGAAGGACUCCGACGACAGCGCCGCCACUCCGCAGGACGAGACCGUGGAAGAGAGGGGCCGGAACGAGGGUCUCAGCAGUGGCACACUCUCGAAAUCCUCCUCCUCGGGCAUGCAGAGCUGCGGCGAAGAAGAAGGGGAGGAGGGGGCUGAUGCCGUGCCCCUGCCCCCGCCCAUGGCCAUCCAGCAGCACAGCCUCCUCCAGCCAGACUCGCAGGAUGACAAGGCCUCAUCUCGGUUGUUAGUGCGUCCAACCAGCUCCGAAACACCGAGUGCGGCUGAGCUUGUCAGUGCAAUCGAGGAGCUCGUGAAAAGCAAGAUGGCACUGGAGGAUCGUCCUAGCUCACUCCUUGUUGACCAAGGAGACAGCAGCAGCCCUUCCUUCAACCCUUCGGACAACUCCCUUCUCUCUUCCUCCUCGCCCAUUGAUGAGAUGGAAGAACGGAAAUCCAGCUCUUUAAAGAGAAGGCACUACGUUUUGCAAGAAUUAGUGGAGACAGAGCGUGACUAUGUACGAGACCUUGGCUAUGUGGUAGAGGGCUACAUGGCACUUAUGAAAGAAGAUGGUGUUCCCGAUGACAUGAAAGGAAAAGACAAGAUUGUGUUUGGCAACAUCCAUCAGAUCUAUGACUGGCACAGAGACUUUUUUUUAGGAGAGUUAGAGAAGUGCCUUGAAGAUCCAGAAAAACUAGGAUCCCUUUUUGUUAAACACGAGAGAAGGUUGCACAUGUACAUAGUUUAUUGUCAAAAUAAGCCAAAGUCUGAGCACAUUGUCUCAGAAUACAUUGAUACGUUUUUUGAGGACUUAAAGCAGCGGCUUGGCCACAGGUUGCAACUCACAGAUCUGUUGAUCAAACCAGUGCAGAGAAUUAUGAAGUACCAGCUGCUGCUGAAGGACUUCCUCAAGUAUUCCAAAAAGGCUAGCCUGGAUACAUCAGAACUAGAGAGAGCCGUGGAAGUCAUGUGCAUAGUACCAAAGCGAUGCAACGACAUGAUGAACGUGGGGCGGCUGCAAGGAUUUGACGGUAAAAUUGUUGCCCAGGGUAAGCUGCUCUUGCAGGACACAUUCUUGGUCACAGACCAAGAUACCGGACUUCUGCCUCGCUGCAAAGAGAGGCGGGUCUUCCUUUUUGAGCAGAUCGUCAUAUUCAGCGAACCACUUGACAAAAAAAAGGGCUUCUCCAUGCCUGGAUUCCUGUUUAAGAAUAGUAUCAAGGUGAGUUGUCUUUGCCUGGAGGAAAACGUGGAAAAUGACCCCUGUAAAUUUGCUCUGACGUCAAGGGCAGGUGACGUGGUGGAGACCUUCAUUUUGCACUCAUCCAGUCCAAGUGUCCGGCAAACAUGGAUCCACGAAAUCAACCAAAUUCUAGAAAACCAGCGCAAUUUUUUAAAUGCCUUGACAUCACCAAUCGAGUACCAGAGGAACCACAGCGGGGGCGGCGGCGGCGGGGGCAGCGGCGGUGGGGGCGGGGGCGCAGCCCCCAGCGGCCCAGGGGGCAGCGGCCCAGGCAGUGCCAGCGCCAUGGGCGGCCCCAACCAGAGCAGGAGCAGGCCCUCCCGGAUCCCGCAGCCCGUCAGACACCACCCCCCCGUGCUGGUCUCCUCUGCAGCCUCCAGCCAGGCAGAGGCAGACAAGAUGUCAGGUACGUCUGCACCCGGCCCCCUCCUGCCUCCCCCCAGCAGUGGCGCCCUCGAGGCCAGUCCUGGUCAGGCCGGCAGGCCCCCCGCCAGCAGAGACCCCGAAGGCGCCGCAGAGCCCACGCACAAGACGAAGGUGCUCGACAGUCCCCGGAAGGCCACGGCGAGCCACGAUGCCGCUGCCAGGGACGCACGUGCCAGCCUGGGACCCCUGCCCCUGGGCAAGCCCCGGCCUGGGGCAGUGUCGCCGCUGAACUCGCCUCCUGCUUUCGGCAAGGAGCCCUUCCCCCCCAGCAGCCCCCUGCAGAAGGGGGGCUCCUUCUGGGGCUCCAUCCCCGCCUCCCCGGCCAGCCGGCCCGGCUCCUUCACCUUCCCCGGGGACAGUGACUCCCUGCAGCGGCAGACGCACCGCCACGCGGGCCCCAGCAAGGACACGGACCGCAUGAGCACGUGCUCCUCGGCCAGCGAGCAGUCCGUGCAGUCCACCCAGAGCAAUGGGAGUGAAAGUAGCAGCAGUAGCAACAUCUCCACCAUGCUGGUGACACACGAUUACACGGCAGUGAAGGAGGAUGAGAUCAACGUCUGUCAAGGAGAGGUCGUUCAAAUUCUGGCCAGCAACCAGCAGAACAUGUUUCUGGUGUUCCGAGCCGCCACUGACCAGUGCCCCGCAGCCGAGGGCUGGAUUCCGGGCUUCGUCCUGGGCCACACCAGCGCAGUCAUCAUGGAGAACCCCGACGGGACUCUCAAGAAGUCAACAUCUUGGCACACAGCACUCCGUUUAAGGAAAAAAUCUGAGAAAAAAGAUAAAGACGGCAAAAGGGAAGGCAAGUUAGAGAACGGUUACCGGAAAUCACGGGAAGGACUCAGCAAUAAGGUAUCUGUGAAGCUUCUCAAUCCCAACUACAUUUAUGACGUUCCCCCAGAAUUUGUCAUUCCAUUGAGUGAGGUCACAUGUGAGACAGGGGAGACCGUUGUUCUUAGAUGUCGAGUCUGUGGCCGCCCCAAGGCAUCAAUCACCUGGAAGGGCCCUGAACACAACACCUUGAACAACGAUGGUCACUACAGCAUCUCCUACAGUGACUUGGGAGAGGCCGCUCUGAAGAUCAUUGGUGUGACCACGGAAGACGAUGGCAUCUACACGUGCAUUGCUGUGAACGACAUGGGGUCAGCCUCAUCUUCAGCCAGUCUGAGGGUUCUAGGUCCAGGAAGUGAUGGGAUCAUGGUGACCUGGAAGGACAACUUUGACGCCUUCUACAGUGAAGUGGCUGAGCUUGGCAGGGGCAGAUUCUCUGUCGUCAAGAAGUGUGAUCAGAAAGGAACCAAACGAGCAGUGGCCACCAAGUUUGUGAACAAGAAGUUGAUGAAGCGCGACCAGGUCACCCAUGAGCUCGGGAUCCUGCAGAACCUCCAGCACCCACUCCUUGUUGGCCUCCUGGACACCUUUGAGACCCCCACCAGUUACAUCCUGGUUCUAGAAAUGGCUGACCAGGGUCGCCUCCUGGACUGCGUGGUGCGAUGGGGAAGCCUGACGGAAGGGAAGAUCAGAGCACACCUCGGGGAGGUUCUGGAAGCCAUCCGAUACCUUCACAACUGCAGGAUCGCACACCUGGACCUAAAGCCUGAAAACAUCCUGGUGGAUCAGAGUUUAGCCAAGCCAACAAUUAAACUGGCUGACUUCGGAGAUGCUGUCCAACUCAACACGACCUACUACAUCCACCAGUUACUGGGGAACCCCGAGUUCGCAGCCCCCGAAAUCAUCCUUGGGAACCCUGUCUCCCUGACCUCGGACACAUGGAGUGUUGGAGUGCUCACAUACGUGCUUCUUAGCGGCGUGUCCCCCUUCCUGGAUGACAGCGUGGAGGAGACCUGCCUGAACAUUUGCCGAUUGGACUUCAGUUUCCCAGAUGACUACUUUACAGGAGUUAGCCAGAAGGCCAAGGAGUUCGUGUGCGUCCUCCUGCAGGAGGACCCUGCCAAGCGCCCCUCGGCUGCGCUGGCCCUGCAGGAGCAGUGGCUGCAGGCGGGCAGUGGCAAAGGCUCAGGCGUCCUCGACACAUCGAGACUGGCAUCCUUCAUCGAGCGGCGCAAACACCAGAAUGAUGUUCGACCUAUUCGGAGCAUUAAAAACUUCUUACAGAGCAGGCUUCUGCCUCGAGUUUGACCUAUCUUGAAGUUCUUUCUCAUUCUCUUUCACCUGCCAAUCAGCUGUUCAUUUGAAUUCCGAAGAGAAACAAAAGAAAACAAACCUAGGUGACCAGCUGCCGGUGUGUUGAUCGUGUGAAGUUGCAUUCCAAGUGAGCUGCCUGGGGUGGAGGACUUCAGUCACGCUCUGCGGAGGCAGAGGUCGCAUUGCUGUAUCACAGUAUUUUAUUCAGGUUUCUGCAAAAAAAUAAAAAAUAAAAAUAACUUUUUUAAAUGAACAUGAAUAGAAUUUUGCAAAUUUAACAUUUUCAAGAUUUAUUCAAGAAAACACAAUGCCUAUGUUCAACCACUGGUAUUAAUGAACAAAACAAAGAUACUGUACAUCUCUGGGGAAGCAGCGCCCAGGUGGUGGCCCUUGGCCAGUGCCCAGUGGCCACCUGGCACUAUGCCUUCCCAGCCGCCUUGUCUGCGUGCACCCCGCCACACGCCAGACCUGGCCUCCGAAACAUGCAUUCAACCUCAAACUUUUGCAUAAAAUAGAAUGAAUUGUUUUGCUCUGAUGAAAUGUAGGCCUUACUUGUAUAUAAGACUGUUCCUGCCUCCGGUCUGUCAUUUCCCCCCCUACCUGCCCUUCCCACCUGCUCCCCAGCCCCGCCUGGGGCUUCUUCCUCAGAGUCUGAGGGUCUGCCCAUCAAAUGGAGACAUCAGGUUGGGUCCUGCCCCACUGCCCCCUCCCCUGUUCCCACCCUAAGCCGUCAAUCAGAUUGUUGAGCAGUAUACAGUCAGAUGAAAAUACUGUAAAUGCACUCAUUGGGGGUUUUUUUGUUGUUGUUUUAUUUCAUAUCAUGUGCAAUGUUGUGGCUUUAACAUUUUAUGCAACUAUUUAUGGAGACCUCUGUUGUACCUGUAAUAAAUAUAUAGAAAAAGCA